AUGGAAGACGCGCCCCCGGUCUUUGACAUUGACCCACCCAAUGGUGGCCCGUACUGGGAGUCAGCAGCCGAGUACCAACAGGAGAAGCUGGUCCCGUUCAUGAACCGGGCCAAGGUUGAUCGUCUGAGGACGUACGAGGGGUACUUCACAAAAGACAUGGUCGCAUCUCAUUACAGCACUGUCAUGGACAUCGUGGACAUUUGGCAAGUCCGGCUUGCCGAGAACGCCAACAUCAACGGCGUCCCCCAAUUCUGGUCGAUGAUCGUCAAUCAAUGGUCACACACUUGCGAUCUUGUACUCAGACACGUAACGGACUCUCAGCUCGGCAUUCGUAGGGAAUUGUUGAUGAUAGAUCCAUCACUCCGCGCGGCCGCCUACCACCACUGGUCAGACCGAAGCCUUGAGUGCUUCCAGCACAUCCGCCGACUCUUCAACCGCCUCGGGUACAAUGUCGGCUAUGGUGAAUGGAAAGAUAUCCCUAUUCCGAGCGUGGGUCAUCGAGGCAGGAAGCGAGCGAGGACCGACGAGUGA